UCAUUUCCUCACCAAAAAAAAAAAUCUCUCUCUCUCUCUCACACACACACUUUCUCUCUCCAAUGGCGGCAACACUAGGCAGAGACCAGUACGUCUACAUGGCGAAGCUCGCGGAGCAGGCCGAGCGCUACGAGGAGAUGGUCCAGUUCAUGGAGAGCCUCGUGACGGGCGCCACCCCGUCCUCGGAGCUCACCGUGGAGGAGAGGAACCUCCUCUCGGUGGCCUACAAGAACGUGAUCGGAUCCCUGCGCGCCGCGUGGAGGAUCGUGUCCUCGAUCGAGCAGAAGGAGGAGAGCAGGAAGAACGAGGAGCACGUGGGGCUGGUCAAGGACUACAGAUCCAAGGUGGAGACGGAGCUCUCCUCUGUCUGCUCCGGGAUCCUGAAGCUACUCGAGGAGCACCUGAUCCCGUCGGCGGCGGCGAGCGAGUCGAAGGUGUUUUAUCUGAAGAUGAAGGGGGAUUACCAUAGGUACAUGGCGGAGUUUAAGUCGGGGGAGGAGAGGAAAGCGGCUGCUGAGGAUACCAUGGUCGCUUACAAGGCGGCUCAGGAUAUUGCAGCUGCUGAUAUGGCGCCUACUCAUCCGAUUAGGCUUGGUCUUGCGUUGAAUUUCUCGGUGUUUUACUAUGAGAUUCUUAAUUCUUCGGACAAAGCUUGUGACAUGGCCAAACAGGCUUUUGAAGAAGCAAUAGCUGAGCUUGACACUUUGGGAGAAGAGUCAUACAAAGACAGCACUCUCAUUAUGCAGUUGCUUAGGGACAACCUUACCCUCUGGACCUCCGAUAUGCAGGAGCAGAUGGACGAGGCGUGAGGAGGAAGGAAGGGAGUGAAGAGAGUGUUAUGCGCCAUGUUUCCACCACCGUUUUCGAUAUCAACAUCCAUCCCCCGUAGCCUUUGCUCAGAAAAAAGUAUUUUUAAGUGUUUAUGAAGAUUUAUGUGCACAGCUUGUGAUGAUUGAUCUACUCUAUUAAUAUGUCUUAAACUGUGUUCUCUAAACAAUUUGCCAUGUCUUGACUUUGCUUAAGCUUUGAAACCCUCUCUA